AUGUUUUGUCUCCAGUGUUUUAGCACUGAUGAGAUACUGGCAAAAGAUAGGAGCAAUUGCAUGAUAAUAAAUGGCGAACAGACAAUAAGGAUGCCCGAGGAGGGCAGUACGGUCCAAUCUCAGAACUAUCAUAAGCAGAUGCCAGCACCUUUUUUAAUUUAUGCAGAUUUUGAGGCAAUUACAGAGAAAGUAUCUGGAUGUCAACCAGAUGGUGUUAAACCUUAUACUGAUAAGUACCAAAAGCACACUGGCUGUAGUUAUGGUUAUAAAGUAGUCUGUUGUUAUGAUGACAAAUAUUCAAAACCAGUGAAAAUUUAUCGAGGGGAGAAAUCUAUUAGCUACUGCAUAUUGGAUAUGCUCUUGGAAGUAGAAUAUUGCCAAAAAAUAAUUGCUACUGAGUUCCAAAAACCACUCCAUAUGACAGACGAGGAGGAAGAAUUAUUCAAGGCUGCCGAGGAACGCCAUAUUUGUGGGGAGAAAUAUUUAGAUACUGAAGUAAGAGUCAGAGAUCAUUGUCACAUCACUGGACAGUAUAGGGGAUCAGCACACCAGGACUGUAAUUUGAAGCUGAGAAUUGUGGCAGAUAAAUUCAAGGUGCCAGUCAUUUUUCAUAAUCUGUGUGGGUAUGAUUCCCAUUUUAUAAUGCAAGAAAUUGGAUCAAUCGGAAAAAGUAACAAUUUGAGCAUUAAUUGUAUCCCGAAUAAUAUGGAAAAGUAUAUGGCUUUCAUGCUGGGUAAAUACUUAGUAUUUCUGGAUAGUUUUCAGUUCGUGGCUAGUAGUUUGGAGAGAUUGGCCGCCAAUUUACCUACCAAUGCGUUCAAGUAUACCAGUCAGAUGUUCCAAGAUGAGAAAUUAGCACUGAUGAAACAGAAAGGAGUGUAUCCUUAUAAUUACAUGGACAGUUUUCAGAAGUUUGGUGACCAGCAACUACCUCCAAAAGAGGAAUUUUAUAGUAUUCUUACAGAUGAGGGUAUUUCUGAUGCACAAUAUCAACAUGCCAAAAAAGUCUGGAAUACUUUUAAUAUGAGGACACUGGGCGUGUAUCAUGAUCUGUAUCUGAAAUCUGGUAUUCUCCUAUUAGCUGAUGUUUUUGAGAACUUUCGUAAGACCUACCAUCAGUAUUACAAAGUAGAUCCCUGUCACUAUUUUACAUCUCCUAGGCUAUCCUGA